AUGGAUGGAGGUCAUGGAGCAUCAUCAAGCAGCUCUCAUCCUAACACUUGUGAUGAUAAUCAUUUGGUUGAUGACUUCUAUUUCUCAGCUCUAUAUGCUGACCAAGAAGUAUUUCGCAUCUCCGAUGAGAUAUAUGCCCAAGAGUUACAGCUUCAAGAGGCCCUCAUGUCCUCCGCAAUCUUAUCUAAAGUCCCAAAUGGUAUUGACCAAGUUGAGAUGGAAACACCCGUUGAAAUACUUACAGGACAAUCUUCUGGUUCUGGAAGUUUCUGCAUGAUCUGUAUGGAUGUGAAAUCAAAUGAAGAAAAGUUCACGAACAACGGCUGCAAACACUCAUUUUGCACCGAUUGCAUUGGAAGGUAUGUUGGGACCAAGAUUCAGGAGAACAUCUCAAUGGUGAAGUGUCCUGAUAUGAAAUGCAAAGGGGUAUUGGAGCCACAGUCAUGUAGGUCAUUAAUCCAUCAGCAAGUGUUUGAAAGAUGGGAAGAUGCGCUUUGUGAGUCCUUGGUUUUGGGUUCACAGAAUUUUUACUGCCCUUUCAUCAAGGACUGCUCGACAAUGCUUUUGGAUGAUGGAGGGGAAGUUGUGACUGCUUCGGAGUGGCCCAACUGCCGGAGACUCUUCUGUGCUCAGUGCAGGGUUGUGUGGCAUGCAGAGAUUGACUGUAGCCAGUUUCAGAAGUUGAGUAAGGAUUGGAGGGAAGAUGUUAUGUUAAUGGAGCUUGCUAAUCAGAAGCACUGGAGGAGAAUCAGGAGAUGCCCAAGAUGCAAGUUCUAUCUGGAAAAGACUGAUGGCUGCCUACACAUUACUUGCAGGUGUGGAUUCGAAUUUUGCUAUGGCUGUGGAUGCAAUUGGGGUGGUUGUGGUGGAUGUAGAGCAAACUGGGAAACUGAAGGGUCAUUCAUGUAUGGCGUUGAGGCCAAGAGGGUGCUUCAACAGUUCAACUUCUCAUAA